CUGCGAGAAGUAGCAUCUUCCUGGCCUCGAUCCACGAUUUAAAUGUAAAAAUACUCCAAAACCAUGGAAGACAUCAAUCAAACUGGCAAGCCUUUUAAACUUACAACCGCCUCCCGAGAGAUUCGGAAGGGUGUAGUGGCCUCUUCACUGGAAGACUUAACCUCAAAAGUCUUGGAGAAACUGAACAUCGAAGGAGAAAUUACUGUUGUUCUUGAGGCUGAUGGGACCGAGAUAGACGACGAGGAAUAUUUCGGCACGUUGGAUCCAAAUACCAGCCUCAUGGUGCUCUCGUCUGAUCAGACUUGGCAGCCCCCUUCACCUCCUUGUCGACUUAACAUGGACCAAGUUGAUGAUGCCAAAGGAGGUGCCGAAUUGGCAGGCUUAGUGGGUAAAUUAAAGCACAAUUUAUGUCAUGUUUCUCUCCUGGGAGGCGCUGAGUUGGAGCUCUUGAGUGACAUGGACCCCGAGUCUCUCGUCGAUAUAACUUUCCCAGACAAGAUAUUUCUGGAACAGUUGAAAGAGGCCUCCGGGAGGUUCUUAUGCGAGAAGAGGCAAGCACAGGACGCCAUGGAUUUGCUGAGACUGUACCAAGAGAAGGAGGCUGAGUCCGGAGGUACUAAUUGAGACGGUCUAUAUUGGUCCGGUGACCAUGCACUUAGAAUUUUAUAUCAAUCCCCUUCUUG